AUGAAGUUCACCAACGUCCUCAACCUCGCCCUCCUGGGUGUUGCCUCCGCCGCCCCUACUCCCACCGUCGAUGAGGAGUCCACCGCCGCCAUCGUCAAGCGCGCCUCCAUCACCGAGUCCUGCAACAUCGGCUACGCCAGCACCAACGGCGGAACCACCGGCGGCAAGGGCGGCUCCACCACCACCGUGUCGACCUUGGCCCAGUUCACCAAGGCCGCCGAGUCGAGCGGCAAGCUCAACAUCGUCGUCAAGGGCUCCAUCUCCGGCAACGCCAAGGUCCGCGUCGCCUCCGACAAGACCAUCGUCGGCCAGAAGGGCUCCAAGAUCACCGGUGCCGGCCUCUACAUCAAGGGCGUCUCCAACGUGAUCGUUCGCAACCUGGCCAUUGCCAAGGUCAAGGAGGCCUACGGCGAUGCCAUCGGCAUCGAGUCCUCCACCAACGUCUGGGUCGACCACGUCGAUGUCUCGUCUGAUAUGAGCAACGGAAAGGACUACUACGACGGCCUCCUCGAUAUCACCAAGGGCUCCGACUGGGUCACCAUCUCCAACUCCUACAUCCACGACCACUACAAGACCUCCCUGAUCGGCCACGUCGACACCAACACCAGCGAUAAGGGCAAGCUCCACGUCACCUACGCCAACAACUACUGGAACAACGUUAACUCGCGCAACCCGUCCGUCCGCUUCGGCACCGUUCACAUCUACAACAACUUCUAUAACAAAGUCGGCAGCACCGGUGUCAACACCCGCAUGGGCGCCCAGGUCCGUGUUGAGUCGUCCGUUUUCGAGAACUCUAGCAAGAAGGUCAUCCUGUCUGCCGACUCGAAGGAGACUGGAUACGCUACCGUUUCCGACAUGUCCUACGGUGGUGGUGAGAACACUGCUCCCAAGGGCGACCUCGGCUCCAGCAAGAUUCCCUACAGCUUCACUCUGUACGGUAAGGCCAACGUCAAGAGCAAGGUUGUUGGCACUGCUGGCCAGACUCUCAGCUUCUAA